GUGGGUGCCAUGGCAACGGAUUGAGAGGGCGACCUGGGCACCGGAAGUCGUAGAGCUGCAGCUCGGAGGCCGCCCCUGUCAAAUGAUGCUGAGUCCCGAGCGCCUAGCCCUACCGGACUACGAGUAUCUGGCUCAGCGACAUGUCCUCACAUACAUGGAAGAUGCAGUGUGCCAGCUGCUAGAAAAUAAGGAAGAUAUUAGCCAAUACGGCAUUGCCAGGUUCUUCACUGAAUAUUUUACCAGUGUAUGUCAGGGAACUCACAUUCUCUUUCGGGAAUUCAGCUUCAUCCAAGCCACCCCUCACAACAGGGCAUCAUUCCUUCGGGCCUUCUGGAGAUGCUUCCGAACUGUGGGCAAAAACGGUGAUUUGCUGACCAUGAAGGAGUAUCACUGUUUGCUGCAGUUACUGUGCCCGGAUUUCCCACUGGAGCUUACUCAGAAAGCAGCCAGGAUUGUGCUCAUGGAUGAUGCCAUGGACUGCUUGAUGUCUUUCUCAGAUUUCCUCUUCGCCUUCCAGGUCCAGUUUUACUACUCAGAAUUCCUGGAGAGUGUUGCUGCCAUCUACCAAGACCUACUGUCAGGCAAGAGCCCUAACACAGUGAUUGUGCCAACGUCAUCCAGUGGGCAGCACCGCCAGCGGCCCCCCCUGGGUGAGACCAGCAUGCUGGAGGGAGUCGAGGCGUCAUUGUUCUACCAGCGCCUGGAGAACCUGUGUGACCGGCACAAGUACAGCUGCCCACCCCCAGCACUUGUCAAAGAGGUCCUAAGCAACGUUCAGAGACUGACCUUCUACGGAUUCCUUGUGGCUCUCUCAAAGCAUCAUGGAAUCAACCAAGCCCUUGGAGCUUUGCCUGACAAAGGGGACCUGAUGCAGGACCCAGCCAUGGAUGAGGAGCUGGACAGACUGCUGGCCCAGAUCCCUGACCUGGUCAACUCAGUCACUGCCAGUCCAGAGGCCAGCUGCCUGCCUUCCCGGACCCCUCACCGGGCUGGCUUUUCCUGGAGACCCCUCCAUCACGCCCGCAAAGUGGAUGCAGAGAGCGAUGGCUCCACUGAAGAGACAGAGGAGUCCGAGAUUUGAGGAGCCUGAAGGGUCCUGACUACACCCAGUACCCAGCUCCUACUCCUGCCCAAAUCCUCCUGCCCCCAUGCCAUGCUGCCCUCUGCUGGCAAAAAGGCCAAAUAACAGCCCCAGUCCAAGACCUGCCAGAGGGGUUCUGUAUCAGCCAACCCAAGCAGUGAUUCAAGAAAGUGAGCCUACUGUCAGCCCUUGCACUUUAGUCAGGCCCCAAGCUGACAGCAGACUGAACGGAGGCCACCAGGAAGAGACUUGGCCGUAGCCUUUUGCUGACGGUUCAUCUCACAGCAACUUCAGGAAGGGGAAAGACCAUGAGUAGGGCUACAUAGGGCCUUGCAUGCUUACAGGUGGCACCAGUGGCAGAAGUAUAGGAGGGCAUAAUCACAGUAGCCUACUGGAGAGAGGGUGAGCAAGACCAUUGCACUCUCAAAAGCUGCUUCAAGCCUCCUGUGUCUAUCAAUUAAAUGUGAAAUGAAUAAAGUCCCUGUGUCUGCUAAGCGGUGAGUCUAAACUCACUAGACCAAGGAGGGGGUGAAGGGAAGGGGGUGAGUUUGGGUUUUGGUGCCAAAUCCCAGGUUUUCUGGGAAGUGGGGGCCAGAGGACCACUCAGCCUGGAGAUCUGCCUCAGUAAUGAGCAGAGGGGCUCACCUCUUGCACAUGACAGCCUUUCAAAGGAGAGGUACUCACAGUUGAAAUGGGCCUUCAGGGAACAAGUCCAGAGGGUUCAAGGCAAGGUUCCUGUAACUUUAAAGGCCCUGGCCACAAAGGGUCAGCACUGCAGAGCCUUCUAGCCAGAGUUUCACGAAACAUUUGCCAAGCACCUGCUCAGGGCUAGGGCAGCGAGGAUGUAGCUGUGAACACAGGCCUGAGGAGUACAAGCCUCCAGCCAAGACUGAAGGAAGGUAGGGGUCCUCCAGAAAGUAAAAUCCACCUGGGGACCCUAGCAGAGCAGGCUGCCUCCUUUGAAAUAGCCAAAGGUCCCACCACUGGGUGUACACUUUCCUGGGCCCAUCCCUGCCCAGAUCUCCAGCUCCCCUGGAAAUACAGGAACUGGCCCCUAAAGCCCUGGAGUGCCAGGACUGGAAGUUUCAGGACUACCAAGGCUCCAGGAACCUGGAAGCUCUCCAGGCCCACAACCAUAUCCAGCCUCCAGCUGAUUAAAAGCAGUUGGAAAAUCCUUAUGUGCAUUGGAAUCACCUGGGGAGUUUACAAUGCAAAUUACCCAACUCCAGCUUGGGAUGGGUUGCAAUUCUGGACACUCCAGACCAUUCCAAAGCUAAAAGUCCUGGACCCAUGCUUUGGAAAUCACAGGCUUAGUAGAGAUCCCACAGCUCCCUCCACCCACGCUUUCUAAUCAUCCAUCUUCCAGACCAGUGGUUUACAGCUGUACCCCUAAGAGGGUAGAGAUGUUCCAAGAGCUCUCAUAGGGAAAGGGGUCGCCAAGCCAGGGGUUUACACACACAUCUUUUCUUCCUGGAUUUAAAAGGAUUCCAUUAAGGUCUGUAUAUUUUAUUAACUCCACUGUGAAACAUCCCCAGGCUACUAUUGGGAUGAGGUACAGGGCUGCUGAGGUUGCUCACCUGCCCGCAGCCAUGGGGCCAACUAACACCAGCUCUUUCCUCCGCGU